UUUCAGUUAUUCAACUAUUCAAGUAGCAUACCGACUACAAUACAUAUAUUUUUUUAUUCUCUUUUUCAAUCUUUAAUCGCGUGUGUUUGUGCUUCUAGUCUAUCUCAUCACUAUGAUGAUGUUGUCAUCUUGUAAAAUAUAACAGUAUCAUUUUAUUAAAUAUUCUUCUUAUAAACAAUCAACUACUGUUAACAAAAAACUCUAUUAAAAGAUGAAAAUAAUUUUUAAAAAUCAACUGAACACAAAUAUAUUUUAAAGAAUUCCAUGUGAGAAUGGAUCGUGAUCAAGUGUCCUUCGAAACACCAUAAAUGUAUAUAAAAAAAACAAGUUGGGGGAAAUGAUUGUUGACCUAAUGAUCUUUUUUAAAAAAAAAAUAUAUAUAACGAUUGAUAAGAAAUGAAAUAUUACAUAAAGAGAUGUUUAAAAAUUAUAUUCAUUUAAAUAAAUAUAACAAUCAAUUAAUGAUCAAUGAUGCAAAUGUGGAGAUUAUUAGUACCAAGAAAAUUGUGUCGACUAUGGCCAAUUUUAUUAUCCAUGAUAUUAUUAUUUACAAUGAUAUUUGUUAUUUGGUCAAGCAAACGACAACGAGUCAGUGAUUAUGCUGAUGAUGAUUAUGUUUCGCUCAGAUUAACUGGUGAUCAAAAAGAUUAUAUUGAUGGAAGAGGAAUACAUGUUGUUGUUGGACAUUAUAUUGGUGAUUCAGUUAAUCCACAACAAACGAAAAAUUUAACACAAGAAAUAAUUAAUAAAAAUAUGUUUGAUCCAAGACCAUUUGCUGGACAAAAUGGUGAAGGUGUAUUAAUAUCACAAAAUGAAUUUCCUGUAAUGCAACAAUUAUUUCAAAUAAAUAGAUUUAAUUUAAUGGCAAGUGAUCGUAUGCCAUUAAAUCGUUCAUUACCAGAUUAUCGUAGAAAACAAUGUAUAAAAAGAUAUAAAAAUAUUCAAGGAUUACCAACAACAUCUGUUAUUAUUGUAUUUCAUAAUGAAGCAUGGAGUACACUUUUACGUACUGUUUACAGUGUUAUCAACAGAUCACCAAGGCAUUUAUUAGCUGAAAUUUUACUUGUUGAUGAUGACAGUGAUAGAGAAUUUUUGAAAAGUAGUUUGGACGAAUAUGUUAAAAAAUUACCAGUGAGUACGAGAGUUUUACGAGCAGGUAAACGAGUUGGUCUUGUAAAUGCUCGACUGAUUGGUGCCAAAGAAGCCAAAGGAGAUGUUUUAACAUUUCUUGAUGCACAUUGUGAAUGCACGGUUGGUUGGUUGGAACCGUUGCUUGAAGCAAUUUCAAAAGAUAAAACAAGAGUAAUUGCACCAGUCAUUGAUAAUAUUCAUGAUGACACUUUGGCAUACAAAAGGUCACUGGAUUUACAUUGGGCUGCUUUUAAUUGGGAUUUACAUUUUCGUUGGUUAACAUUGACUGGUCCACUUCUUGCUGAACGUCGUAAAAAUAUGAUUGAACCAUUUAAAACACCAGCAAUGGCUGGUGGUUUAUUUUCAAUGGAUAAAAAUUAUUUUUUUAAACUUGGUAGUUAUGAUGAACAUAUGAAAAUAUGGGGUGGUGAAAAUAUUGAAUUAUCAUUACGUGUAUGGCAAUGUGGUGGUAGUAUUGAAAUAGCACCAUGUUCACAUGUUGGACAUUUAUUUAGAAAAUCAUCACCACAUACAUUUCCCGAGGGUGUUGGUGAAGUUUUAUAUGGUAAUCUUGCAAGAGUUGCACUUGUAUGGAUGGAUGAAUGGGCAACAUUUUAUUUUAAAUUUCAUCCAGAAGCUGCAAGUUUGAGGGACAAACAACAAGUACGAUCUCGUUUUGAGUUACGUAAAAAACUUAAAUGUAAAAAUUUUGAAUGGUACUUGGAUAAUAUAUGGCCAAAUCAUUUUUUUCCAAAGGAUGAUCGUUUUUUUGGUAAAAUAAUUCACGUUCCAAAUGAUAAAUGUUUAACAAGACCAACAGUUCAAUCAACUUAUGCUCAAGAAUCUGGUUAUUUAUUAUACGAAUCAUGUAUAAAUCCACCACAUCUUGAUCAAAUGUUUAUUAUGAUUAAAUCAGGUGUUAUUAUUAUUGAUGAGAGUCUGUGUCUUGAUGCACCAGAGCAUGAUACUCGUCAUGAAAAACCCAAGGUUAAAAUAAUGGCAUGCAGUGGAUCACAACGACAAGUUUGGAAGUUUAAUGAAGAGACAAAAACAAUGUUACAUGUUUCUUCUGAAAUGUGUCUUGAAGCUGAUUCUUUAUCAAAAAUUGGACCAGUUAUUGCUGCAUGCACUGGGCAUGCAAAUCAACAAUGGAAAUUAGAAUCAGUCUCGUGGAAAUAAACAAUUUAAGGAACAACUACCAAAAUAUAUUUUCUUAAA